UAAAUAUGCCUUGGUGGAUUCGAACGUCUCACAAAAAGGGGAUUCGCGAGGAUCUUUUAUGCGAUUGCGAGCAAGGUGCCAUGGCCGCCUACUACUGAUGCUUCUGUUCCUUGGGAUCGCCCACAGGCUUCUACUGUUCCAUCGUCUCCCCUCUCCGAGCCCGGCUCUGUUCAGAAGAAGCGCCAUGUCUGGAUCCCAUUUCAGCACGCCCCGGAUGGUGGUCAAGAGGGUCCUGGCCAAGCAACAGCACGAGGGCCAGGGUGCUGUCGUCCGCAGAAGCAUUGGCAGGAAUGAAUUGAGGAACUUGGACCCCUUUCUCAUGCUGGAUGAGUUCUCAGUGUCUCCUCCAGCUGGGUUUCCUGAUCAUCCACACAGAGGGUUCGAAACAGUCACUUACAUGCUGCAGGGUGCCUUCACUCAUCAAGAUUUCGCCGGGAACAGGGGAACCAUACGAACAGGCGAUGUGCAGUGGAUGACGGCAGGAAGAGGGAUCAUCCAUUCGGAGAUGCCUGCAGCAGAAGGAGUGAAUAAGGGGCUCCAGCUUUGGAUUAAUCUCUCCUCCAGAGACAAAAUGAUCGAGCCGCGGUAUCAAGAAUUGCUUUGUGAGGACAUAGGCACGGCAGAGGAUGAUGGGGUCGAAGUGCGGGUGAUCGCAGGAGAAGCAAUGGGAGUGAGAUCUCCGGUCUACACGAGAACUCCGACCAUGUACCUCGAUUAUACUCUCAAGCCAGGAGCGAGAAUGAAUCAGAGCAUUCCCGAGUCGUGGACUGCUUUUGUGUACAUCGUGGAAGGCGAGGGUGUUUUCGGCUCCGGCGACUCGUCUCCAGUGCCGGCGCACAACUUACUGGUUUUAGGUCCUGGGGACGGGGUGAGCGUGGGGAACGAGUCCUCGAAGCCGUUGAGAUUCUUGUUGAUUGGCGGGCAGCCGCUGAAUGAGCCGGUGGUCCAGCACGGGCCAUUCGUGAUGAACACGCCCGCUCAAAUCGAUCAAGCCAUGGACGACUAUCAACAUGGCAAGAACGGGUUUGAAAUGGCCAAGUACUGGACGUCUCGAUCAGUGGGUUGAAAUUGGAAAAAGAUCCCAAAAAUCAUGCUAAGGCAAAAAAAGAUUUAAGAGGAAAUAAAAACAGCACUCACUCUCUCUCUCUCUCUCUCUCUCUCUCUCUCUCUCGUCCUAAAGUGUCAUUGUCUCUGCCCACAGAGAGCAGAAGUUGGGAAAGGAAAGAUGCGUUCCUGAUUGGAGCAAAAGGCUUCUAGAAGAUUAAAGUGCAGAUGAUGCAGCAAAUCUUAAGUGAUCAUUUGAGUCAUGAUGGAUCAAACCUCAUUUUGGUUAAGAAUAUACCUCCUUUUCUUCU